AUGGAGCCGGCUCGGGGCGCCCCCGGGGACGGCGGGGGCGAGGCGCUGCUGGCCGAGCUGGAGGCGCUGGUCCGCGACGUGGAGAGGGCGAGCUCGUGGUGGGAGCGCCACGGCGUGGACUGCGCCAUCCUCGCGCUCAGCCUCCUCUCCCUGCCGGCCGGGUUCUUAUGCCUUCGCUCCGAGAAUGUCGUGGUCCUUGGGCUGGGCAUCACCAUCCUGGGUGUGUGCCACUACACACUCACUGUCAAGGGCAGCCACCUGGCCACUCACGGUGCGCUCACAGAGUCUAAACGCUGGAACAAGAUUUGGGAGCUUUUCUUCGUGGAGGUAUGCUCUGCCUUCAGUGCAGAGUACGCCAAGUAUGGACACGUCAAGAUGCACCACGGUUACACCAACGUGUUGGGCCUGGGGGACUCAAGCACGUGGAGGUUGCCUUGCCUCAACCGCUAUGUGUACAUGUUCCUGGCUCCUCUCUUGAUCCCCAUCAUAACCCCACUGGUGGCUGUGGAGCGGCUGAGGAAGGUGGAGCUCAGGUCGGCUGCGCGGUCGCUGGGCCUGAUUUCCCUGGGCCUCUAUGCUCACUACUGGGCGCUCCUGAACGUGUCUGGCUUCAGGAGCCCUGGCUCGGCCCUGCUCUGCAUGCUCACCACCAGAUCCCUGCUGGCCCACCCUUACCUCCAUGUGAACAUCUUCCAGCACAUUGGGCUGCCCAUGUUCUCCCGGGACAAGAAACCCCCCCGGAUUCACAUGAUGAGCCUGGGCGUGCUGAACUUGCCGCGGCUGCCUGUGCUGGACUGGGCCUUUGGCCACUCCAUCAUCAGCUGCCACGUGGAACAUCACUUCUUCCCCCGGCUCUCUGACAAUAUGUGCCUGAAGGUGAAGCCCGUGGUGUCCCAGUACCUCCAUGAGAAGCAGCUGCCGUACAACGAGGACUCUUACCUGGCUCGCUUCAGGCUGUUUCUCAGUCGUUAUGAGGAGUUCAUGGUACAGACCCCUCCCAUCACCGAGCUGGUGGGACUGCAGUGAGGGGUGGGCAGCACAGUCACCCUGCACCCCCUCCCUGGCCCACACCUUGCUUCUGCUGGCCUUCCCUCCGUCCAGGAGGGCUUGGGCCCUUCCCCACUGCAGUGGCUGCUAAGGAGCCCUCUCCCUGGGGAGCAUAGGGAGAGGCUACUUUUGGCAGACUUUCCUGGUUUCUCAGCCAGAGAAGCCUCUGCAAGGCACAGGCUCAGCAGCUCCCGAGACCUGCACCAUUAGUGAAAUCCAAGUGUAUGUGUUUUGUGGGGAGAGCAUUCCAGGGGAACUAAGGGCAUAAAUAAGAGUGUAAAUAGUUUUGAGCUUGACCUUGGCUAGCUUGAGAAAAAAUCUGCUUUGUUCCAUGAUGUUUAGAAGGGCUGGACCCAAAAGAACUAUCAAUUGCAAAGAGAAAAAUUACUGAGAAGGUAGUCAAGGCUGGAGGGGGUGAUGGGCAUAGGGUCUAGAGGACAGGCGGCCUUUGAGGGGAGAUGGCGGAGGACAGGGUGCAGAUACAAGGAUUUGGAAUCAGGAGCAGGGCUCGCCUGUGAACAGGCGCCUGCCGCCUGAGAGGGAGGCAGGGAUAUAGAGAAUCACCGAUGCCAGCCAGAGGAAGAAGGCAGCGCGCUAAGACACCACUGAGAGUCAGCCCAAAGUGGGCAGCCUGGAGAGAGGGCUGGGGGCCACCCUAACCUGUGGCUGGAUGAGAGGGCGCAAGGAAGGGCCCAGCUGGAGGCAGAGGGAGGGACAGAAGAGGCCAGGCCUAUGACAGGAGCCAGAGCAGUUAGUCCAAAGCACAGUUUCUUAUGUUGGCAGUAUUGACAUUAUGGCCAGAUGGUUCCUUGUCACUGGGCCCUAUCCUGGGCAUCCUAGGAUGUUUAGCAGCAUCCCUGGCUUUUAACCACAGGGAUGCCAGGAAUCCAAGUUGUGACAAUCAAAAAUGUCUCCAGACAUUGCCAACUAACUGUCCCCUAGGGGGCAAAAUCAUCUCUGGUUGCAAACGUGCAAGUCGUGUUUUAGCACACAACUGCCUUGUUUUUCAGUGAAGCCCUGGACAGGGUGGAGGGCAUGCUGGCUCUGAUGCUGGGGAGGCUAAAUGCAGCCACUGGGAUGGGCAGACGGGUUAGACAGCAGGCCACGCCGUCCUGUCAGCCUGGUCCUGGUGGAGAACCCAUCUCUGGCCCCCUAGAUCCAUUCCCUACCCUACUCUUUCUCCACCCUGCCUUCCUCCACCAAAGACCACAGCUGCUUCUGUGCGGUGCCCUUUCCCACAGCUCUCACUACUUUUGAAACUGCUUCCUCCUUUUGUUCCUUCGGGCCCUGGGUGGAAAUGGCUUCCAGCCGUUGCUAGCCAGGGGGGCUUCACCAUCCACUGGAUCCUGCUCACACCUCUGUAAGAAGUUCCUUCAUUAAACUCUUUUCAAUCAGC